ACUUUUUAGUCAGCUGUCAGCAGCAGUAGAGUUUGGUCGCACGCUGUGUCUGGGCGAAUCGAGCACAUGGGCGCGAGUUUGGCUUUAAUUACGUACCACACACAUAAUUACAACGUCGGUGACUCGAUUUAUGAGGAAAUUCGAUUAAUGUGAGGAUUAGUACUUAGAAUUUAUUAUGAUUGUGAAUUGCUCAUAUCGAGUGGGCGAUUAAUAAGUAAGCGACUUGCAGUGCUGUGCCAUGUGUAAAAUUAUAUACGAAUGCCCGCUGACAACGAAUGACUCAGAACAAAUUCUACUUGUUCAAAUGAUAAGGAAAAUAACAGAGAAAUAGCAGGAUACAAUACAUGAAUAAUAGAAAACCAACGGUGCCUCCUGACGUAAAUUUACAAUUCUACAAAUCUGUGAAUAACCAACAAUAAGCAAGAUUACAUAACAACGAGACUAGUGUGUGAGGUAUCAAACAACCGUGAACUGGCUGGCCUUCACCUGCUGAAGUCUGACAUUUUUUUGCCUAAUACAUCACCGUCAAUUUGGAACCAUAAUCUUAAUGCUAAUAAGUAUCGUGCCUCAUCUCAACACGUUUUUUAAUGAGGAGUUUUCGAUAACAACCAGGCUAAUUGAGAGACGACAACAUGUCAAAAAUAGUUGAUGUUUCUUAACGCUGCUGAUUUGUUCUGUAGAAAUUAAAUGCCUGAAUAAAGAAGGCAUUUCUUUACCUAAUUAAAUCUUGACAAAGACUUUGAGAAGAUGACCGUCACCUAUACAGCUGAGGUUGCUUCUUGCCGAGGAUUUGGCUGCUUCCUCAAACUGUUGCUCAGAUGGAGGGCCAGUGUUUAUAAACUGGUAUGGAUGGACUUAACGGCUUUUUUAAUGCUGUACUAUUCAUUUUCACUUGUCUAUCGUUUUUUACUGGAUGAAACACAAAAAUUAACAUUCGAACACGUAGUCACCUAUUGCAAAGAGUACAGCGACCUUAUCCCAUUGUCAUUUGUGCUUGGUUUUUAUGUUAGUCUUGUGAUGACCCGGUGGUGGGCUCAGUACAUGGUAAUCCCAUGGCCAGACUCCAUAGCGGUCUUUGUUUCUGCAACGAUUCAUGGCCAAGAUGAACGGGGGAGGCUCAUGAGACGUACCAUUGUGAGAUACACUUGCGUCUGCCUUACACUUGUUCUCACAAAUAUAUCCCCAAGAGUUAAAAAGCGGUUUCCAACUUUAGACCAUUUUGUGGAUGCAGGCUUACUCCUAGAAAAUGAGCUUGCAAUAUUUCAGAGUUUGAAUGCAAAGUUUCCUAAGCCGAGCAAGCACUGGCUACCAAUCGUUUGGGCCUCAAGCAUCGUAACCCGAGCUCGCAAAGAAGGUCGAAUCCGUGAUGAUUUCGCCGUUAAAACUUUAAUAGACGAAUUAAAUAAGUUCAGAGGCAAUGCCGGAAGACUCAUACACUACGACAUGAUCAGCAUACCUCUAGUCUAUACCCAGGUCGUCACUCUGGCAGUAUAUACGUACUUUUUAACUAGUGUUAUGGGCAGACAGUGGACCGAAUCGGGUGAUGGAAGCAGUGCCGAGACUGGGACAAUUGUAGAUAAAUAUUUCCCUGUAUUCACAACUCUGCAGUUCUUUUUUUACAUGGGGUGGCUCAAGGUUGCCGAAACUCUGAUUAACCCAUUUGGUGAGGACGAUGACGACUUUGAAGUUAAUUGGAUCAUUGAUAGGAAUUUACAAGUCAGCUACCUUAUCGUAGACGAAAUGCAUCAUGAACAUCCUGAGCUGAUUCGAGAUCAAUACUGGGAUGAAAUCUUUCCUAUCGAACUGCCAUAUACUGCAGCUGCACAGCCCUUCAGAGAAGAACAUCCUGAGCCUUCAACAGCUGGUAUUCAGCUUUCUGCUGCUCAGCAGGAACUUCAACCAUCGUCAGUAAGAAUCGAAGAUCUGGCACCAGAAUACAAUUCCAAAUUCCAUACAGAGAUUGCAGAUGAUGCUGCUUCUGGGAUACAUUUUACAGCUGGUGGUGGAAAAAUAUCCAGAAGCGGAAGUAGAGUCAGUACGAGGGAGCGACGAUUCAGCGGAGGUUCGACACCUAGCAACAUUAGUGGCUCACUGACAAGAGUAAACAGCGUAACAAGUGUUUUGAAAAGACUAUUCAGUAAAGAGGAUCGACCAGAUGGCAAUAAGAGCGCAGAUGGCACCAGAACUCCUGCCAGGAUGCCUAAUUCAAGCUCUGCAGCUUCCUUGCAAACUCGUUUCCCAGGCGGAGGCUCGAUGAGAAUUGGAGUAAUCGAAGAGGUUGAUGAACAGAUGACUAUGACUUCAAUGCGGCCAGAAACUCGGCCUCACGUUAAUAGCAUUUUUCCACAAGGUCCUCCACCACCCACCGCACCAGUGAAUGUUCCAGGCUCAGUUUCAAACGUCAAUGGCCGUAAUACUUCAGAAAUUUUAUCAACCAGCGCCCCAGCUGCUGCAGUUCGAUCAGUCAACCCAACAAGGGCACAGCGUACAACGCAAUCUGCCCGCUCUAGUGCUGCUUUUGAGCCUGCAACAAGCUAUAGUAGCGGACAAGUAAACGAAGCUGAUAAUAUCAGUUUAAGUAGUUCAAGCACCGUGAGUUCAGAUGACGAAUUUUCAAAACUAAAAACGGAAAGAGAAAAACAAAGACGGGAUAGAACAAUUCUCAAACUUGCGAGAAGCAUAAGUGCUCAAACGCAGAUUAAUCAAGCGGGGCGCCUUGGUGCUGGCGAUUCUGAGGCUCUCCUAACCGAGUUGGGUCACUCUUCUCGAAUUUCACUCAGGCCAAGAGACGAUAAUUUCAGUGACCAUGUUUAGAGGGGCCAAAGAAAAAGCGAACUGCUUCAAAUUUAGACAAAAUAUUCUAGAGAAGCCAAGAACGACAAUACAUUUGAAUGAGUCGAUCUGAUUGCCAUAUAACGAUAUGUAUUUCAUUACUAUGAGGUGAAAACUGACCCGGUUAUUGAUACCACGAUUUUUAAUUAGACGACUUUUUUAUGAUAAAAAUCAGGUGCUUUGUAUUAAUCACCGCUGAAUUGUCACCAAUUUAUAUUAUGUAAAAAUACGUCACUGCUCAAUUGAUAUAGGUAGUAUGAUAUAUUCCUUACAUUAAGUUAUGCUCUGAGAAGGUUAACAGAAUUCCUAAAUUUCUUAUAAGAGUUGAAUAAUGAUAAUAACCACGACUAAAUUCCAUUUAAAUUUGGACCGUACUUAAGUAUAGCGUUAGUAACAAUAUACCUUAUCGCACUUGGGAGUGCGAGGAAAAUUAAAGCUAAUUAUGAUAUUAAAUGUUCUGAAGUUAUUCCCAAGUUGCAAGUAGUGAGAACAAUUAUUACUUUCAAAAAAUAUCGGGUGGAUACCUCGGUUGUGGUUUAGUAAGUUUUCUAAUAUUUUAAACAAUUUUCUAACAAUAAUCGCCUUAAGCUUCAUUGCACAAAAUUACCUAGUUCAUGCAUAUUGAUGCAUAACUUAGAGAUCGUCAGUGACGAGUUACUUAUUAUCACCAUCAAUAUUAUUGUUAUUGUUAUCGUUAUUGAUUCAUAUAACUAUAUUUAAGCAGAUGCAGACUAGUAGCGAUUUAGAUAGACAACUUGAUAGUCUUUUAAAUUAUUUUACGACGGUGGUUUAUAAAUAAGUCACGAAUAUAUGUCUGCUGAUCAUUUGAUAUGCUCAAAUCAGUGUUCUAUCGUGACACAUUAUUCAUUGAAUCAGAACUUGAAAGAAUAACAUUUAUGAUAACGGUUCUAAAAAGGUAUCUGUUUGCUUACGCAUUAUAGGUAUUUUUAUGUUUGUUUUCGCAAGAUAAGCGUCAAGACCUUAAGUUCACUCAUUAAAUUCGGUUGUUCAUACUAAUAAGACGGCACGCGAUGCAACGGUGAGAUUCGUAGAAAAAUCGAAAGAUUUUUCGGUCGUGAUAAGAGUAAUGAACUUUUUAUCAGAAAUAUCUACUGCCAGUUAUCAGGCAAGGCUUAUCUAUGCCUAUGUUACGUGCCUACACAUGGUGCCUAUGUUUUGUACGGAAAGUUGCAAUUUCUUGUAUCAUUAUACCCAUUUAGGCUUAAUCUCCUUCUUGCUAUUUGAAUGUGCACAAAAGCAAACCACUGAACGAAUCAAUAAACAUUCCCACAAUCAGGCUUUUGCCUGUUCGCCUUAUCGAUGAAUACAAUCUUGCGUGAGGAUUCUUGCUCAUUUUACCCAUCGCGUACGUAUUGUACUUAGAUAAUUAUACUUAAACAAAACUCAUUGUGAGUCGUGAAAGUUCAAUGGGCAAUGUCAUCUCAUUACAGACUCGCAAGGUACUUGUUAUUUUAAACACAUACAUUUGUGUGUUUCAAUUCCUUAGCCUUUAAGUGGUCCUUUGUUAAAAAUUAAUGAUUUCAACACUAACUACUAGGAUGUAAUAGAGAUUUAUUAGUAUUGGAAAUUUAGUCUGGAUACAGACAUUCCAAAGAUGGAAGAAUUGGUGCUCUAAGUACGCAUUGCCACGCUACGCGCAUCCAUCAUAGUUUAACCAGUAUUAUUGUUGCAAUAAAUUAUUUCGUCCCGAUAA